AUGAGUCAAAGAACAGAGUGCAGUCGUUUGGGAUUUGUUGAAAUCAUCAAGCCACCAGUCUACCGCACCGGGCACCAUGACCAUCUUAUAACAGUAACGGCUAUGGUGAUGUCCAUGAUCAACCAGGUUCUGGAAAUAUGA